AUGGCUGUUGGCUUCUUCACCAUCGUCGCUGGCCUCCUGGCUUUGGCUGGCGCCUACCUCUACUUCUUCGGCCUCUCCCCUGAAGCCAAGCGCGCCAUGGAGAAGCAAGCUCUCAAGACCAUGGGAGAGAACAAGAUGUCUUACAUGUUGCAAGACCAAAUCAACAAGGUCCCAACUUCCGACCAGGAGGACCUGACUACCCUCAAGAAAGGCAUCAGUGGCAUAGCCGGUGGCGCGAUGAAGAACCCAGUUGGAGAGCAAGCUGUUCGAGCAGCGACCCAGAUCUGGGGCUCGGCGCAGAACUUGUCGAAAGGUGCAAUGGAGCGAGUCGACUGGGAGGCGCUGCAGGGAUACCAGAAGAGCGCGCUCGACCGAGUCUCAACAAUGACGGGCAAAGCGACUCAGAAGGUCGAGCACAAGGCUGAUACAACAAGCAAGAAGGCGGAGUAA